CAGCGCCUGUCGUUGGAUGACGCGUCAGUGGCGUCGAAACAAGCGAACAACACCACCAGACCUGAACCAGAUAUGCUAGUCCAACGGUACAUCUGCACUUGGGCUGGGAUCACCUGGCCGCAUCUUUCUGUGGAUCUCCUGUUCGUGCAUACGCAGCUAUUUUCGUACUCUGUCUGACCAUUUCCUAUGAACGUCUCUGCAAAAUACAUACUUCUUUUCUCUUCAACUUCUUGGCAGGGACAACACUCAACAUGGCGCUUUCGGGUGGCUUCGAAUUAGUUGGGAGACGGUGGUUGAUGCUGAAUCGAAAUAAAUACUGAUCGUGACCAACCUUGCUGUAUGCUUCCAUUCUCAUUUCCUACCUCAGUCAUUCGUUAUUUCAUUUCUAAUACAGUCAUUCGUUGGCUGCCAUUGGUUAUAGUAUGGCAGCGAUCACUCGUUAUGCUUUUGCACUUUCCAGUCUCUCAUUUCUUUCAUCAGUUCGUGCUGUUCCAUUUCCGGGAAACGAUGAUACUUGCGUGAGGACAACGACAACGGUGUACACUACCGUCACCGUCGGCGAAGGCUGGGAACAGACGACGUCUGUCGCCAACGCCGCUGCGGCGAGCACUGCGACCACAAGUGCCGCGGAAGGCUCAUGGGCUGCCACGGACAGUGUAGAAGCCGUCACUCAACAGUACACACCUCCCUCGGACUUCACUUAUCCUGGCGUCACCUUUCCUACCUUUUCUCCGAGUUCUUUGAAUCCGAACGGCCCAUUUUACAACCCCAACGACUUUAUCCCGUAUUAUGUCGACUGGCCCGGAAAGCCAAGCAGCGGAGCAUCGACUCCUCCGCCGCUGCCGACCAAGGCUCCGAAACCAUCGGGCGGAUAUUCUGCUAGCGAGUACAAGUCCCCUGCUUGGCAACAGGUGGGGAAGGAUCUUACCCCCGGAUUGUCUCAAGAAGAAACGAACGGCGACUCCCAGUGGGGCCUGAUCGACUGCCCUCGACUGUCCUCGUACCUUGGAAGCGGCUACUCAGCCUCGUCCUCGAAGUCGGGCUCUGGAUCGUACUAUACUUCAGCUGUCUCCUCUUCGUACGUCUCUGGCGUACAUUACACCUCUGCGGCGUACUCAGCAUAUCCUACCUACAGCGCCUCGUCAAAUGGCACAAAGAGCACAACCUCGUUCAGCUUGGUCACGUCAAGCUCAUCAAGCUCUGCAUCGCCGUCUAGUUCGGCGCCAAGCUGCUCUGCAAACAAUACGGCAGCGUUCUGUGCUAGCAAGAUGCCGGACACGGGAGUCACGCGCACCUAUGAAUUUACAGUAGCCUAUGCCACGAUUGCGCCAGAUGGUGUCCAGAAGAAUGGCCUAGUCGUCAACAAUCAGUUCCCUGGCCCGCUCAUCGAGGCAAACUGGGGCGAUUGGAUUCAAGUCACUGUGACAAACGACCUCCCCGAAUAUUCUCAAGAGCAAGGUGAAGGAACCUCGUUGCACUGGCACGGGUUUCUGCAGCAGGAAACUCCAUAUUACGACGGUGUGCCUUCGGUGCAACAGUGUCCCAUUGCCCCUGGCAAGAGUGUGACAUACACCUACCGUGCGGACCACAUUGGGACCAGCUGGUAUCAUUCUCACUAUAGCUCUCAGUACGCUGGUGGCGCUCUUGGGCCAGUCGUCGUUCACGGUCCUCAGAUCCCGGGUGCUUGCUACGACGAGGAUCUAGGGCCUGUUUUCAUCAAUGAUUGGUACCACGCGGACUACUACUCUCUAGUUGAAACUACGAUGGCCGGUGGCCUACCACUUUCCGAUAACAUUUUGAUUAACGGAAAGAUGAACUACCCGUGUGACAAUACCACCGCUGUCUGCACUGCCAACGCGGGUAUAUCCAAGUUCCAAUUCACUCCUGGCAAGAAGUACCGCAUGCGUCUUAUCAACCCUUCGGCCGAGGCCAUUCUCAAGUUCCACAUCGAUGGCCACAAUCUGACAGUCAUUGCGAACGACUUCGUGCCGAUCGUCCCUUACACAACGAAUGUCGUGACCGUUGGCGUCGGACAGCGUUCGGACAUUAUUGUUGAGGCAACCGGUAGUGCCGGGGAUUCAUACUGGAUGCGUGCUACCGGCGGCAAUGCAUUGGCGGGAACUGGAUGUGCUCUCACGUCCGGUGUCGUCACCGAAGGCGUUGCUGCUGUCUACUACGACGGCGCAGACACCGAUUCGGAACCGACGUCCACGAGCGAUGCCACCAGCGACCAGCUUUUGAGGUGCCAAAAUGACGAUCUGAGCUUGACGCGAGCUUUGUGCCCGAUCGCGCUUGAUGAUGAUGCGGAUGUUUUCACCCAGACUAUCACUAUGGAGUUCGCAUCCAAUGGCACAAACUUUGUGUGGUUCAUGAAUAACUCGACAUUCCACGCGGACUACAACGUCAAUCUACUCGACCAGAUUAUCGGCGGCAACACAACAUUCGAGUCUGAUUGGAACGUGUAUACGUUUGAUUCGUCCAAGAGCUCUAUCCGCAUCAUCUUCGAGAACACAUUUGCGUUCCCGCAUCCCAUGCAUCUUCACGGUCACGAUUUCAACGUCCUCGCGGACGGAGUCGGGACAUGGGACGGCACUAUCGUCAACCCCUCGGAUACGCAGGCUCGAGAUGUCCAUUACCUGCCAGGGGCAACGAGCGAUGGCAACGGCUAUGCGGUGAUACAGUUCAAGAUGGAUAAUCCAGGUCUGUGGCCGUUGCACUGCCACAUCGCCUGGCACGUGAGCGCUGGGCUCUAUGUCAACAUUUUGGAAAGGCCCGAUGCGAUCACGUACCAGGUGCCUUCCGCCCUCGAACAAACAUGUGUCGACUGGGCGGCAUGGGAGGCAGCUGGCAACGUUCCCGACCAGAUCGAUUCGGGCCUGUAACGUAGCAAGUGUUCUCUCAUCACCUGGCACAGCCGAAGUUCAAAAUCGCAUGCAAUCUAAGCUUGGGCGCAUCGAAGAGAGGGCUUUCACAUGGGUAUAUGAUACCAAUUACUGGGAUUGGGAUUGGGAUAACGGUCGGAAGAAUAGCGGACAAACCAGGAUAAUAUUGUAAUGUGUGUAAUCCACUCGCCGGUGAGACACUCACGGGCCUCUUUUUGCCUUCUUGGUCUACCUCAAACCUUUUUAAGAAAUCG